AUGGAAGAUACACGCCGUUCCAGGAAGGACCUGAAAAAGAGCCAUGCCGAUUCCUGGCCUAGCCGCAUGUCGCUCCCGGCUAGUCCGAAGAUAAUAAAAACCACCGACGACGACACCGAGGGCAACAGCAGCAGCGAUGUGUUCGAUUAUUGCCAAUUAUCCUCGCAGGCAUCGUCCAGCGCUGCCCGGUAUGAAUACGAUGCCAUUAGCCCGCGGUUCGAACGGAAACGGUUCGAGUUCUGCUACCCGACGGUAUCGAAAGAAGACUGCUCCAAUAGCAUAUCACUGGAUAAUCAUGACAUAGAUCGUAAGAAGAAACGAAUUUAUCCCAGUAAAACACCUGACAAUUCGCUAGAAAAUGAACCAAUUCUCCCGGAAUCGAACGCCAGCUGCAGUUCACCCGGUCGCGGUAGCUCAAGGGCGAAGUCGCCCAGUCCAUCACCUCGUCCUACGCGCCGUCAGCUGAACAGCGAGAUCAAUAUCACGUCCAAUCCGUGCUAUCAGGUUCUACGGAAUUCGCACUCGACGCUGGAUCGAACCUGUUCGGACAGUGUGGUGUCGUUGAAUUGUCACAAAUCGACCAGCGAUCUGACGCAGACCAGUGACGCCAACGCGGCCGGCUUGGGUGCUGCCGGGCGGAAGGGACGCCGGAGAAGCAGUCACAAGGGUGGCCUUGCCUAUCUGGCCAGCCGGCGGAGUUCGCGGGAUUCGGUCAAGAGCGGCGCCUCGAACACGUCCGUGUUUUCCAACGAGGAUAUCGGACCGCUGGCCUUCCAGGCAUCCGCCCGAGGACGGCAAAGGCGGACUUCGAAUUUCCUCGAACUGCCCAUUCCUGACCAUGCUAGACCUCGCGUGUGCUCCCUUCCGGAACGGCCGUACAAUCCUAGGCAGAGCGACGAUCUGUACCGGUUGAGACAUUUUUCCAUCAGCAAGGGUACGGUGGUCAACUGUGGUGAUUCGAUCAUUUCACGACGAUCGAAGAGCAACACCAGCGUUAACUCGACGGCCAGUCGCGCCAGCGAACGUUCGCCCUUUGACGGCUCCUGCUGUGGAGGUGGAUAUGCUACGGUUGAUUCGUUGCCUUCGUCCCCGGCCCCGGAUGACGACGACGACAGUGAACCAAUUCCUACAAGGUACCGCGUGGUGAUGCUUGGCGACUCCGGUGUCGGCAAAACAGCCCUCGUCUCGCAGUUUAUGACGUCCGAGUACAUGCACACGUACGAUGCCAGCUUGGAUGAUGAAUUUGGCGAGAAAACCGUUAGCGUUCUGCUCGAUGGCGAAGAGUCGGAGAUGAUUUUCAUCGAUCACCCCAACGUGGAGAUGAGCGUGGAGAACUCGUUAUCAACAUAUGAACCUCACUGCUGCGUCGUCGUGUACUCGAUCGUGAACCGAAACUCGUUCCGCGUCGCGGAAGAGAUCCUCAACUAUCUGUGGUCGGAAAACUACACCAAGGAAAAGGCGGUCAUCAUUGCGGCCAACAAAUCCGAUCUGGCCCGUUCCCGGGUGAUCAACACCUCAGAGGGCAAACAGUUAGCCACCUCACGCGAAGCGAAAUUUAUCGAGACGUCCAGCGGGAUCCAGCACAACGUGGACGAACUGCUGGUGGGUGUAGUGAAGCAGAUUCGACUCAAGGAGCAGCGUGAAAAACGGGCCAGUGCCACCAAUUUGCGCAACUCACGCACACAGAUGUCGCUGCAUAUCGCGAAGGAAAUUCUGCACAAAAUCUGUCUCACCGAUAUCACCAAGUCGAAAAGCUGCGAAAAUUUGCACGUGCUAUAAGUCAGCUUUAUCAGCCAGAAGCAGCGAAAAGCGACGGUUAAAAAAAGCACAAAUUUAAUUAUCUUAUCGCCGCCGCACACACAGCUGUUGAACAAGGUUAUGACAAAAACGAAACAAAAAAAACAACA